GGAGGGUGUGGCUACAAAGAGAGGGUUCAGCUGAAAGGUAUAUAAUGAUUCAUAGCAGGGAGAGGAAGUAUAGAUUAGGUCUCUUGGAGCCUGGAGUCACAGCUUUCCCUUGCCCGAAUAUGGUGAUCUGUGGCCAUUGUACAGAUCAGGAUGACUCUUUGGAAGAAGUCACAGAGGAAUGCUAUUCACCAUCCACCCUCCAGAACCUGGCAAUUCAGAGUCUACUGAGGGAUGAGGCCUUGGCAAUUUCUGCUCUCACAGACCUGCCCCAGAGUCUGUUCCCAGUCAUUUUUGAGGAGGCCUUCACUGAUGGACAUAUAGGGAUCUUGAAGGCCAUGAUACCUGUGUGGCCCUUCCCAUACCUUUCUUUAGGAAAGCAGAUAAAUAAUUGCAAUCUGGAGACUUUGAAGGCUAUGCUUGAGGAACUAGAUAUACUGCUUGCACAAAAGGUUCAAUCCAGUAGGUGCAAACUCAGAGUAAUUAUUUGGACAGAAAAUGACUUGAAGAUAUGGGCUGGAUCCCAUGAAGGUGAAGGCUUACCAGAGUUCACGACAGAGAAGCAGCCAAUUGAGAACAGUACUGGGUGUGAGGUGAAGAAAGAAUUGAAGGUGACGACUGAAGUCCUUCGCAUGAAGGGCAGACUUGAUGAAUCUACCACAUACUUGUUGCAGUGGGCCCAGCAGAGAAAAGAUUCUAUUCAUCUAUUCUGUAGAAAGCUAUUAAUUGAAGGCUUAACCAAAGCCUCAGUGAUAGAAAUCUUCAAAACUGUACACACAGAAUGUAUACAGGAGCUUACCCUAAGAUGUAUCUGCAUAGAAGAGUUGGCUUUUCUUAAUCCCUACCUGAAACUGAUGAAAAGUCUUUUCACACUCACACUAGAUCAAAUCAUAGGUACCUUCAGUUUCGGUGAUUCUGAAAAGCUUGAUGAGGAGAUAAUAUUCAGCUUGAUUUCUCAANUUCCCACACUCCACUGUCUCCAGAAACUCUAUGUAAAUGAUAUCCCUUUUAUAAAAGGCAACCUGAAAGAAUACCUCAGGUGCCUGAAAAAGCCCUUGGAGACACUUUGCAUCAGUAACUGUGACCUCUCACAGUCAGACUUGGAUUACCUGCCCUAUUGCCUGAAUAUUUGUGAACUCAAACAUCUGCAUCUUAGUGAUAUAUAUUUAUGUGAUUUACUCCUUGAUCCUCUUGGGUUGCUCCUUGAGAGAGUUGGAGAUACCCUGAAAACCCUGGAAUUGGAGUCAUGUUGUAUAGUGGACUUUCAGUUCAGUGCCUUACUGCCUGCCUUAAGUCAAUGUUCUCACCUCAGAGAGGUCACUUUUUAUGAUAAUGAUGUCUCUCUGCCUUUCUUGAAACAACUUCUACACCACACAGCCCUGCUGAGUCAGCUGAUCUAUGAGUGUUAUCCUGCCCCUCUGGAGUGCUAUGAUGACAGUGGUGUAAUACUAACACACAGAUUAGAAAGUUUUUGUCCUGAGCUCCUGGAUAUACUCAGAGCCAAAAGACAGCUCCAUAGUGUCUCCUUUCAAACAACCCAAUGCUCUAAAUGUGGUGGGUGCUACGUUUAUGAUCAGGAGACCCAAUGUUGCCAUUUUGUGGAAAUAGUAUAAGCUUGAUUGUGAAACCGAGAAUUGGAAACUUAGAAUUGGGGACUAAUGAAAUCCUAAGUGAACGUCCACUGCUAAAUGGAGCAUGAAAAUAUCAAUCACCUAAAAGUCUGAGAUACACAGGAAAGUCAAUAACUUCCUCUGAGCUGGUGAAUAGAUGUUGCAUCUGCAGAAAGUAUCAAGCACUUGUAGUUUGAGUGUGUUACAAUAGAGGCACCAUUUUAUGAAACUGGCCCAAUCUAUUGACUGCAUACAAUAAAUGUGUUGAC